AUGAGGGAUACAUUCAUGUGUUUUAUUUCUAGUAGUAAGGAGAAAACCAAAUUGAGUCUCGAUGAAACCCUGAUUGUAUGUGAAUACCCUAAUGUUUAUCUUAAUGAUUUACCUGGUUUACUCCCGAGGAGAGUUGCUGAUUUCAAUAUUGAUCUGAUUUCCGAUGUUAUCUCUAUGUCCAAGACUCUAUACCAUUUUAUCCUAGUCGAGUUAACUAAAUCAAAGAAGGUAACAAAUACGCCAACAAUGUUUAUGGAUUUGAUGCAGAGAUACAUUCGUCCUUAUUUGGAUAAGUUUAUAGUUUUUAAUGAAAUUUUGGUAUAUUCGAGAAACAUGGAGGAAUAUGAGAAACAUUUGAGGAUUAUGCUAAAACUUUAA